CUUCAUUUUAAUUGUGUGGCGCAGGUGUCAAUCAAUGGUAUCCUCCCGUCUUGCUCGUAGCAGCACGUUACGUAGCCUUCACUGAGUGUAAAGAAAUCGCCACUACUGGGAGUCAACAAACACCUGCUGACCUCUGACCCCGAGCAGGACCAUGGCCAGGUCAGUCGGGGAGAGCCAGCUGCAGAGAAUCAUCAGAGACCUGCACGACUCAGUGAUGGAGCUGUGCACGGAGCACAGGGAGAAUGGGGAGCCUGUGACCGACGACAGCACCAGCCUGCACAAGUUCUGCUACAAACUGGAGUACCUGCUGCAGUUUGACCAGAAGGAGAAGACCACGUUGUUGGGCUUCCGGAAAGACUACUGGGAGUAUUUCUGUGACUGCCUUGCCAGGACCAAGGGAGCCAACGAUGGGAUCCGCUUCGUCAAGUCCAUCCCAGAGUUGAAGACGUCGCUGGGGAAGGGCAGGGCCUUCGUUCGCUACUCCCUCGUACACCAGAGACUGGCUGACACACUGCAGCAGUGUCUGAUGAACCAGAAACUCACCAGUGAUUGGUACUACAUGCGUAGUCCGUUCCUCCAGCCCCAGCAGAUAUCAGAUGUAGUGGCCCAGCUGUAUGAGCUGAACCAGGUGCAGUUUGACCUGGGGUCCAGGGGCCUCGACCUGGACUCCGCCUGGCCCACCUUCGCCAGGAGAAGUCUGGGAUUGGGCAGCUCCCCGGCGUCGCCAUGGAAACCGCCCAGCCGUUGCUCUAGUAUUGGCAGUCUGGCCGGCCCCUCCUCCCCGGCCAUGGAGUCGUUCUCCAGCCCGGACGUUGACAGCAGUCUGCCGGGUCACCUGAACGAGACGACCAGGUGCAACAUGGCCGACGACCUGCGCCUGGAGCUCGACCAAUCAGAGCUCAGGCAGCAGGCGUUGUGCAAAGAGCUCAGCCAAUCGGAGCAGAAGCAGCGGGAGCUACGCUCGGAGCUCGACCAAUCAGAGAAGAAGCGGCAGGACCUGCAUGCUGAGCUCAGCCAAUCACAGAAGACACAGCAGGAACUGCGCGUGGAGCUCAACCAAUUGGAGCAGAAGCAGCGGGACCUCCUGGAGGAUGCAGAUUCGGAGGUGCAGCAGAGGAGCGCGUGCGGGGCGACGCAGGGAGAGGAGGUGCAGCGGAACGGCAGGCUGAAGGAGCUCCAGGAGGCCACAGAGCUGCAGGAGGCGCUGAGGCAGAGAGAGCAGGAGGCCACAGAGCUGCAGGAGGCGCUGACGCAGAGAGAGCAGGAGGCCACAGAGCUGCAGGAGGCGCUGACGCAGAGAGAGAAGGAGGCCACAGAGCUGCAGGAGGCGCUGACGCAGAGAGAGCAGGAGGCCACAGAGCUGCAGGAGGCGCUGACGCAGAGAGAGCAGGAGGCCACAGAGCUGCAGGAGGCGCUGACGCAGAGAGAGAAGGAGGCCACAGAGCUGCAGGAGGUGCUGACGCAGAGAGAGCAGGAGGCCACAGAGCUGCAGGAGGCGCUGACGCAGAGAGAGAAGGAGGCCACAGAGCUGCAGGAGGCGCUGACGCAGAGGGAGCAGGAGGCCACAGAGCUGCAGGAGGCGCUGACGCAGAGAGAGCAGGAGGCCACAGAGCUGCAGGAGGCGCUGACGCAGAGAGAGCUUCAGAAGGAGGCGCAGACUGAGGGGUCAGAGGCGGGGCUUCAGAGGGAGGCGGGGCCACAGGAGAAUGGGGCGGAGUCCCGGCUGGAGUGUGCGGAGCAGGAGGUCUCCAGGCUGCGGGAGGAGGUGCAGGAGAUGCGAGGGAGGCUGCAGGAGGGGAGCGAGUCUGAGGGGCGGGCCGGAGCCCGGCUGGGGGAGGCGGAGGCCGAGCGGGAGGCGCUCCGAGAGCAGCUGAGGGAGGUGAGCCGAGCCCAGCGGGAGCAGGAGGAGCACAGGGAGCAGGAGGCGCGGGAGCAGGAGGCGCGGGAGGAGGAGCACAGGGAGGUCCGCGCCGCCCAGGAGCUCGCUGCGCUGCAGGAGCAGCUGGCUGAAGCGCAGGAGGGGCUGGAACUGGCCAACGCCGCGACGGCGGAGCUGGGCGUGGCCACGUGCGCCCUGACGGCCGAGAGGGAGGAGGCGGCUCGCAAGUGGGCGGAGCUGGAGGCGGAGAAUUCCGGAUUGAAGGCGGAGCUAGAGGCAAAUGCUGGGUUGAAGGCGGAGCUGGAGGCGGAGAACUCUAGACUGAAGGCGGAGCUACAGGCCCAAGGGGAGGAGCUGCAGCAGGCCCAGGAGAAGCUUCCGGAAGCCGAGCGCGACCUUCAGGCCCGGCUGGGGGGGGCGGAGCUGCGGGCCCGCGAGGAGGCCGACGCCCUCAGGUUUCAGCUGAGCAGUGAGACCAUGAGCCACCAGAACCAGCUGCAGGCGCUGAGUGGUGAGCUUUCUGCAGUGAGGGCGGAGCUUGAGAGGAUGUCGCUCCUGAAGGCCACACAGUCUGAGACACAGGCAGCGGAUAGCCGUCACUCACAGUUGCUGGGAGAGAACAACAAUCGUGUUGCUCAGUGUGAGAAGGAACUACAGAUCCUCCGGGAUAAUCUAACCAGGUCGGAGCAGGAGCUGGGGGAAUGCAGGAGCGUGUGUGAGGGUCUGAGGGAGUCUCUGCGCAGGGCGCGCGAGGAGAGCCAGAGCAGCGAUCUCAAGAUGUCCACCGAGAUCGACGACCUGAACAGAACCAAGAGGAACCUGGAGGAGAGACUGAUUCAGCUCAUCAAGGAGAAGGAUGCGCUGUGGCAGAAGUCGGAUGCUCUGGAGUUUGAGCAGAAGCGUAGAGAUGAGCAGGUGUCAGAACGGGAGGCGGUGUUCUGCUCCUCCUGCCACGGCCAGUUCAGCUGGUUCAACCGCCGGCACCCGUGCGGGCUGUGCGGACGGGCGUUCUGCUCCUCCUGCUGUAACAGCACGGUGACGCAGCCAGGGGGUAGGCAGGAGCGAUGCUGCAGGGACUGCCACACCCAGCGCAGGUCCGGGGUAGAGCGCCCCCUGCUGCCCCAAACACCCCACACGCCUGCAGGGGAUGAUGACGUGGUGUUUGACAUCAUCACGGAGGAUGAGGUGAACAAGGUGAACGACAGUGACCUGCCAGGGCCGGAGCGCAGGGAGGGACCGCAGGGAGCCCUGCAGAGAAGCAAUAGCUCCAGCACAAUCGAUACCACGCCUGAGGACCCAGAGGAGCGGGUUCCGGACAUACACGAUGUCGAGAUCUACCUGCUCAAGUCAGGAGAGCUCACGUUGAGCGUGCCCCUCUCUCUAGCGGAGGUUGCGGAGUCCGGAGACGGCUCUCCGUCCCGCGAGCUCUUCAUAAAGUCCAGCGGCUACAGCCUGGUCUGUGUGGAGGUGGGGGAGGCCGGCACCACCCUCCGCUGGGCCUUCUCCUCCGAGCCCAAGAGCAUCUCCUUCGGCCUGGUCUACAGAGAGGGGCCCCACUGCCCCCUGCAGGAGGCCAAGGUUCUGCUCCCUCUGACCCGCUGUAACUCGCACAAAGAGGAGGUCCACGGCCAGCUCCUGCUGAAGAACCCGGGAACCUACCUGCUUAUCUUCGACAACUCCUUCUCCAGGUUUGUCUCUAAGAAUGUUCUGUACCGCCUGGCUGUGGACAAGGCCCUGGUGCAUGAUGGGAGGGAUUCUUCCUGAGCGGUGGGCGGAGUCUUCACCUGUUUCUGACCUCCCCCUGGUGUGCCAAACCGCAAACCGGUUUUUUUUUUAGCACAGACACAUGCACGCUCAUGGGCCACGUGCACGCUCCUGUAUCUCGCGCACAGGGCACUUUGUCUCGGCCUGUUUUGUAUGUUUUUUUUUGUUUUUUUUUACACUGAUAAUGUCACCAACCCAGCAGCCAGUCAGUGCCAGGGUUACUCAAAGGCUGAGAUUUUGACAAAAAUACUGUUUCCAUUUCCUGUAGCUACAUACCUUUCAGGUAGAAUCAGUGUAACAGUCUUAUGAACACUUUUCUAGCACAUUGUCGGUCAUAAGGUUUACCUCCUGAGCUCCACUACAUCAUGGCUGCGUCCACAAUCACGUACUGGCUUACUAUUUAGUGUGCCUAAAUAAUAUUAAUAAGUCUAAAACCAUAGUUGCUUAAAAUAGGAUGUCAUGCUACAUUCUGUGAAAUGUCAUAGAAUGCAAGCAGUGGACACCGCACUGGCACGAGUAUCCCAUAAUGCAUUGUGAUUAAUCACGACCCAAGCAGUUUUCAAACCAGAUGAUACCUUGCACUUUGCUUAGCAAAAAGUAGUUAAAGUAGUUAAGAUUUUUAAAAUAUUUUUUUAUGUUUUUCUUAUACGAGGUCAAAUCAAGUACCUGCUGUCAUCAGUGUGCACUGUGCUUAAAGCGGCAUGCGUCACUGAGUCCACUAGUUCUUCAAAGACUCGUCCUUCUUCCUUUAUACUCGUGUACUGAAGUCGCUUUGUGCAUGCUGAAUGAUAGUAUACAUAUUCAGUAUGUAGUAUGUAGUAUGCGUUUUUUUGGACACAGCCUGUGAAAGCCAUGAUUCUGAGCAGCAGUAUAAUGUCAGAACAGUGUUUGUGGGGAUGAGCUGUCCUACAGUAUUGUUACACAACUCUGUGAUGUCAGUUGCUGUAGCUUGUUUACCUCUGCAGUGUUCGGUUCAUCUCAGUGGGUCGGACACAUCUUGCACAAUGGACGUGUUUCAUUUCAGGCUAUUAUCAUUACUUUUAAUAACCCAACCACCGUCCCUUCACUAUGGGGCUCUGCAAAACAGAUCGACACAAUCAGUGCUCUCACAGAAAUAAAGUCCAAAAGUGCCAAAAAAGUUACAAAUGCUUGUCACUGCGGUGGUACCCUAUAGGUAUAUAAAAAGCAGCAAUAUAUAAUCAAUUUGUACCUUUUUUUUGCAUGGAAAGAGUACUCAUUACUGUGUCCAAAGAGCACAUUACUGUACUUCAGGGUACAUUUGGGAAAUUCGAUCCUUGUAGAACAGAACUGCGCCUCCACUGUUACUGUAUUUCUGAGUAUAUCGAUACGCUACAAUAUCCGGCACGGAUCUGACAUCUCGGUUUAUAUUCAGCCUCUAACCACAGGUCUGCGCUGUUUUCAUUCAGUUCAGACGUAUUUGUGUGGCGCGUUUCACACAGCAGACAGUCCCAAAGACGCUUCACACAGCAGACAGUCCCAAAGACGCUUCACACAGCAGACAGUCCCAAAGACGCUUCACACAGCAGACAGUCCCAAAGACGCUUCACACAGCAGACAGUCCCAAAGACGCUUCACACAGCAGACAGUCCCAAAGACGCUUCACACAGCAGACAGUCCCAAAGACGCUUCACACAGCAGACGGUCCCAAAGACGCUUCACACAGCAGACGGUCCCAAAGACGCUUCACACAGCAGACAGUCCCAAAGACGC